AUGACAAUUACUUCAGUCAAGAAGAAUUCUUAUUUUAGAAUUGCCGCUGAUGAUGCGCUCUUCAAGGAUUGCUUUACCAAGUCACCAUUAGCUCAGAACAUUGCUCAAAAGGCAGGUGCUAUGGUCGCUGCCGUAAACACUACUCUCCAUGGUGUAGCUAGUGGAUCUGGUGCCACAGUCUUCCCAGAGCACUAUUUGAACCAAGAAUGCUAUGUAAAGAGUCAAGGAGCCAUCCGUUUCAAGAUUGUCAAUCCAACCGGAACAUUCCGCAUCUUCUUUAAUUCGAAGAAGGAAGAUUCCAAGGGUGCAUAUUCUAUCUAUGUUUUGGAGGUAUCUGCCAGUGCCGCUACAUUCCUCAACUACAACAAUAACAAUGCAUCCAGCAUUUUGGCUACCACCCUGGAUUCACGAGCUCUCCUCGAGACUGACAACACUGUCAACUACUGGUUCUCACUUGACAAGAAGAAUAAAGUAUUGAAAUAUGGAAAGGGUGAAGCAACUGAACAACUUACUCUACUUGCUUACAAGUUCCCACCAAACAUUGCAUUCCUCCAGGAUCUCGCCUACAUAGGUACCUCGUUGGAACAAUCAUUCAUCUCCAAGGUUAAGUUUUACGAGCUACCAGUUACCUUCCAACUACCCCCAUAUGUCAUCAACAACGAUGUCAUCACACUCGAUGAUAUUGAAGCCGGACAUAUCACUGCCAUUGGAAAUCUACCAAAGGAAUGCCAACAAUUGUAUUCUGUUGUUGCUGGAAACAGUGUUGUUCUUCCAGAUGCAGUAACAAUAGCCAUCCGUAAAUCACUUGACAAUAAAGGUGCACUUUACAAGAAAUGUGUUGAAAAAGCUCAAGAACACCACUCUAAAUUAGAGGAAACAUAUCUACGUGUUACUUUGGGUAUGGAUUCUGGAUAUUCGCCUGGUAUACCUUUCGUUUUAGAGCUCUGGCCAAAGGGACACAAUUCACCAAUCCAUCAACACUCUGAUGCCUUUGCUAUCAUCAAGGUUCUCCAUGGUACCAUUCAUUGUAACUACUAUUCUGACCUGAAUCCAAAGAUUCAUGUUCCAUAUUUGGAAACUGAUUUCAGUGAAAAACAGGUUACAUAUCUCACUCCAUAUCUCUACCAAACACAUAUGCUCAAGAAUAUCUCCCAAGAUUUUUGUGCAACUAUUCAAUGUUACAGAUAUUCCAGUGAUGACAGAAUUCAUUAUGAAUACUUUGACUUCUUAAACGAUCAAAACAAGAUUGAUAAGUUCACACCAAACACUGACUACACAUAUGCUGGUCUUAAGAAGGUUUUACAAGAUGAAGGUCUUCUUGCAAAGAAAGUAAAGAAACAAGUCUCUGCUUAA